CAUCAGUAUAGCUUGAGUGCUUGACAGAUUGCAAGAGAGAUUAUCCAACCAAAUUUCCGAAGAUGAAAGUUGAGAUUACAGCUAAAGAAAUCAUCAAACCCUCUUCUUCAACUCCUCAUAACUUGAGAAAUUUCAAGCUAUCCCUUUUAGAUCAGCUCGCUCCUCCAACUUAUGAACCUCUACUUCUCUUCUACUCCUUCAAUGGUGACGCAGCUGAUUCCCACCGGUUAAAGAAAUCACUCUCUGAUACGUUGACUCAAUUUUUCCCACUUGCAGGAAGAGUAAAAGAUAACAUCGAGAUUGAUUGUAGCGACUAUGGAGCUGUUUAUGUCGAAGCUCGAGUGGCCUGCCUGCUAUCAGACUUUCUUAAACAACCCAACGCAGACGCACUUAAAGAGUUCCUUCCUGUUGAGGUUGACUCCACAGAAGCCGCAGGCAGGGACGCUCUACUACUUGUUCAAUCAAGUUUUUUCAGUUGUGGUGGUGUUGCAAUCGGGGUGUGUCUUUCUCACAAAUUAGGCGACGCAGCCACGUUAAGCACGUUCAUCAAGAGCUGGGCCGCCGCGAAUAUUGGCUCUGAGUUGCAGCAGCGGCCAUUAUACAUUGCAUCGUCCUUAUUCCCACCCAUGAGUUUCUCUGAAGGCGUUUUACCACCACCGGCUCUACUCAACUUCACGAAAGGCAAGUGUGUUGUAAAAAGGUUUGUUUUUGAUGCGCCAAAAAUCGCUGCUCUUAAGUCCAUAGCGGCCAGCGCGAGCGUGCAGCAACCUACACGCGUUGAAGUUGUAACAGCCCUCAUUUGGAAAUGUGCUAUGAAUGCAUCAAGAUCGAAUUCAGGGUUUUCGAAGCUGUCUUUGUUAUCACAAUCUGUGAAUAUACGAAGAAGAACAGAACCACCGUUGCCUGACGACUCAAUCGGGAACCUUGUAGGGUACUUUCCGGCGCAAAAAGAUGAGAGUGAUAUAGAACUACAAGGGUUGGUUCGUGAAUUAAGGACUGGAAAACAAGAUUUUAGUAAGAAGUAUGUGAAGAAACUUCAAAGUGAAGUUGCAUACGAAGAGAUUACAGAGUCAUUGAAAGAGGAAUUAUGCAUGCUUAUAAGCCACGACAUGGAAUUUUACAUUUGCACCAGUUUGUGUAAUUUUUCAUUUUAUGAUAUUGAUUUCGGGUGGGGGAAGCCAACGUGGGUGACUAAUAUUUCUGGAGGUCCUCUCAAGAACGUUGUGAAAUUAAUCGACACAAGAGGAGGAGACGGAGCAAUAGAGGCGUGGGUGAUUCUGAGUGAACAAGACAUGGCCUUAUUUGAAAAAGACAAGGAGCUGCUUGCAUAUGCUUCUUUGAAUCCAAGUGUGUUAAAUUUUCCAGCCAUAGAUUUGUUAAAAUCUUGUCUUUAGAUUUAGCAGAGUUGGGUUAAUUUGUUGCAACUUGCAGUGUUGUCUGGUUCGGGGGCAGCUGGAAACUAAGUCAAUAG